GGCAGCAAUACGAAGGUCAUCUGGCUGAAUCUUCCAAGUCUAUACCGAAGCUGCUUUUCUCCUACCUGAAAAGGAGCACCAGAGCCGGAAGUGGAAUACCGUCUUUGCAUUCCCACGAUCUUAAUACCGUACUCCACGACGAUGCUGAUAAAGCUAAUCUUUUAGCUCGCCAUUAUUCAUCGGUCUAUACAACGGGGGUGCCGUCAGUUGAUUGCUAUUCAUCCUUGCUCUCCGCUCUCAGCGAUAUGGACAUAAAUGUUACUGUGGUAUACAAACUUUUGUGCGAGUUGGAUCCCAACUCUUCCCCGGGACCUGAUGGACUGCAUCCUCUUUUUCUCAAGAUUGUGGCCGAAUAUAUCGCUGUUCCUAUCUGCCACGUAUUUCGGUGUUCACUUGAGGCCGGGCGUCUUCCGCUUGCCUGGAAAGCGGGUAUAGUCAAGCCCAUAUACAAAGGAGGUAAUCGGCAAGAUCCUACGAAUUAUCGGCCCAUUUGUCUAACAUCUGUCAUCUGUAAGGUUAUGGAGAGGAUUCUUAAGCGAGCUCUCAACCUGCACUUCCAGAACCUCAAGAUCAUUUCAGCUGCGCAGCAUGGGUUUUGUCCUUCGCGUUCAUGUGUCACCAAUCUUCUGGUAGCUCGAGAAAAGUGGGCUAAAUCCAUGGAUGCUGGUAAGCGGCUAGAUGUCGUAUUUGUGGAUUUUAGUAAAGCCUUUGACAAGGUUCCACACGAAAUUUUGCUUAGCAAACUUCGCAGUAUUGGUGUUUCAGGAAAAAUCCUCUCUUGGCUCACUGAUUUCCUGAAUGACCGCGCUUUCCAUGUACAAGUAAAUGAG